AUGCGUCAUAAUAGUGAUGUAAUUCUGUUAUCAACUUUGGCUACACCAAUGCAUUUAUUUCGAGAAAAAGUUAUGAAAAUAAUUUACCGGUUAUUCAUUAUUAGUGCUAUUGAAUUUCUGGCUGCUGUGGUUGAACAUUAUAUUUGGAACAUCAGUGUGAAACGUCAGACAUCCCGUAUGAGUGUUUUCCUCUUUCGAUCACUUGUUCAACGUAGCAUUCCUUAUAUGGAUACUCAUUCAACUAGUCGACUCAAUGCUAAACUAUUUGCAUAUGGAAAAGAACUGUAUCCAACUCGUUGGAGUAGUAUACGCCAAGGUGCAGUGUUUGGGAUUUAUACUGGAUGGAUAUCUUUCAUAGUCUACAUAGUUUAUGCAAUUGGUUUUAUCUUUGGUUCUCUACUUAUGUCAAGCAAAACUCAUAAUUUGAAUAUUAGUGAUAUUCUUGUCGUCGUAUGUACUUUUACACAAUGUUUGUUGUUCUUCAGUAAUAUGGGUACUUUCUUUCAAUCAUUUUCAGAGGCUCGAGGUGCAGCAUCAUCGGUAUUUCGACUUAUCGAGGAGGGAAAUGACACAAGUAUUAAUGAAACAGAUGUAUGGAAAGAGAAUACAGAAUCAAUUUGUAAUAUAAAUGGGGACAUUGAAUUUGACAACGUCAACUUUAUAUAUCCAUCUCGAAAGGAUACACCGGUUCUGCGUAAUCUUUCUCUUAUUGCUCGUGCUGGUCAGACAACUGCUAUUGUUGGUGCAAGUGGCUGUGGAAAAAGUACAUGCAUAUCACUUUUUCUUCGUUAUUAUGAACCCUCAUCUGGUCAAAUAACGAUCGAUGGUCGACCGAUAACAGACUAUAAUGUUCAACACUUUCGACAAAAUAUUGGAGUUGUUUCUCAAGAACCUAUUCUGUUUGACAUGAGUAUUUACGAAAAUAUUCGUUUUGGUAAAGUGAAUGCAACACAAGCAGAAAUAGAACAAGCAGCACGAGAAGCAAAUGCACAUAACUUCAUCAUGCAAUUACCAAAUAAAUAUGAAACACUUGUUGGUGAACAUGGUAUACAAUUGAGUGGUGGUGAAAAACAACGUAUUGCAUUAGCUCGUGCUCUUGUCACGCAACCAGCAUUUCUUUUAUUGGAUGAAGCAACAAGUGCACUUGAUAAUGUUAACGAAAAAAUCGUUCAAGAGGCGCUUGAUCGAGCAUGCAAAAAUCGUACAACUAUUGUUAUUGCUCAUCGUUUGACUACAAUUCAAAAUGCCCAUCAAAUAUAUGUAGUAGAUAAUGGAAGUGUGCUUGAGCAAGGUACACAUGAAACAUUGAUGGCAAAAGAAAAUGGCAAAUAUCAAGCAAUGGUGAAACGUCAACAAAUAGAAAGAGUCUAUAAUGAUCAAGAUGAUAUGAUAAGCAUACAAAAAGAAACAGAAGAAGAUGAAAAGUCGAUAUAUCAACUCUCUCGUUUACUUAGCGAUAAUCAAACUGUUGAUAUGAACAAACCAAGUUCAAAGCCACUCAGACAAAGAUUUGCUUUUUUAAGACUCUUGUCAAUGAAUAGUCCUGAGUGGAUCACCCUAUUGAUUGGUUGUAUAUCGUGUGUACUUAAUGGAGCAGCUCAACCAUUAUUUGCAUUUUCACUUGCCAGAAUAGUUAAUUAUACUGCUUUCGCCAUAGCAGGAUCAAGAUUGACAGAACGUAUUCGACUAAAAGCUUUAACAUGUCUUCUUCGUCAGGAAGUUGCCUAUUUCGAUCGACCUGAAAAUAGUUCUGGUGCAAUUAGCGUUCGUCUUUCUUCUGAUGCAUCAGCUAUUCAAGAGAUGACUGGUACAAGAUUAGGAGCUAUGUCUGAAGCUUUGGCACUCUCGUUUUUUGGAAUUCUAUUUGGAUGUUUUAUAAGUUGGCAAUUAACAUUGAUCGUGUUUGGUACAUCGGGAUGUGGCAAAUCAACAAUUAUUCAAUUAUUGGAACGAUUCUAUGAUGUUACAAGUGGUCAACUAUUUCUUGAUGGCGUUAAUAUUCAACAGCUAAACUUGCAAUGGGUUCGCUCUCAAUUUGGUCUUGUUAGUCAAGAACCAAUUUUGUUCGAUUUAACAAUUGCUGAAAAUAUAGCAUAUGGCUUAGAAAAUGUUCCAAUGGAAGACAUUAUCAAUGCAGCACGUAGAGCUAAUAUUCAUCAAUUUAUUGACCAAUUACCUCAGGGUUAUGAAACAAAAGUAGGAUUGAAAGGUAGUUUUCUGUCAGGUGGUGAGAAGCAACGUAUUGCUAUUGCUCGAGUUCUUAUUCGUCAACCUAAAGUAUUGCUCUUAGAUGAAGCGACAAGUGCUAUGGAUUUACACAAUGAACAACUUGUACAAGAAACUCUUGAACAAGCUCAAACAGAAGAUUCUACUCGAACAUCACUUAUCAUUGCUCACCGUCUUUCAACUAUUCGUUCAUGUGAUUUGAUUUGUGUACUUGAUAGAGGACAUAUAGUGGAAAGUGGUACUCAUACAGAAUUGACACAACGACGUGGCGCUUACUAUAAAAUGCUUUCUCAAAAUAAUACAUGA